AUGGGCGACUGCACCGCCGCAUCCCCCUUCGCCUCACGGGUGAGGAUGCGCUGCAGCGCCAACUCGCACGACUCGCGAAUCGCCACCUCUGGCUCGCGCGCCGCGUCCAUGUACUCCUGCAGGAUCGGCUUGCUUGACGAGGCGGCGAUGGCGCCGAGCGACUCGAUCGCCUCGUGGCGCGUGACGAUGCUGUACCUAUCGGCGUUGCGGAUGAUGCGCUCGAGGAACGGGCAGGCCUCCUCCAGCCCACACUGGCCAAGGUUGUACGCCAGCUCGUGUUGCAGCAGCACGGAGUCGGUGGUGUCGAUGGCCUUCGCGAGCAGGUGCACACCGGCGGAGGACUUCAGAAUCGUCUCCUUCAGGCGGUACAACUCGCGUGUGCGGCUGUCGAGCGGCUCCGCAGGGUCCAGCAGCUUGCUGUAG